AGUGCCAGUGUGCUGAGGUGACAGACACAAUCUCCUCUUCAUCUCUCUCUCUCUCUGGAUCUUCACCUCUUUUGAUCAUUUAACAGGUCAUUAUGUCCAACAACACAACAUCCAAUAACUCCGUUGAAUGCCACAUCAACAGCACAGGACAUAUCAACAUCUUCCCCGUGUGCAUAUACUCCUUCAUCUUCAUCGUGGGUUUAGUUUUUAAUGUCAUGUCACUGGCCUUUUUCUCCUGCCACACCAAAUCCAGAUCCCAUACCAUCGUGUACAUGACUAACCUGGCCAUCGCAGAUGUACUCCUCAUCCUCACGUUGCCCAUGAGGAUCUACCACCAUUUGGGAAAAGAGAUACGUCAGUGGCUGUGCGACAUCCUUGGUUUGAUCCUGAAGGCCAACAUGUACGGCAGCAUCUUUCUCCUCACUUGCAUUUGCUUUGACCGCUGCAUGGCCGUCACCUUCCCGAUGUCAGCUCGUGUCCAGGAGGGGAGGAAGAAAGCGCCGCUGGUUUGUUUCGGAAUAUGGUUGAUAACCUUUGGUGCGAGCCUGCCCAUCUACUUUUCCAGGAAAGUUAACAAUACGGAAUGUUUUGACAGCCUGCCGGUUCACGCCACAAACCUCGUGGUGGUUUCAUCCACUCUGAUUGUGGGGUUUGGGAUCCCGCUAGUAAUCAUGCUGAUCUGCUCCUGGGGUUUGGUCCGUGCUGUCCGACGCAGCACCGUAGCCCAGACCGACCUGGUGGACAGCGGAAAGAUCCAGAGGAUGAUCACCACCAGCCUCCUCAUUUUCCUAGUCAGCUUCCUCCCUUACCACGUCAUCCUGGUUCUCCUCUCUCUGUACGGAGAUAACAUAUCAUGCCCGAUGCGGACUGCGUACCGCUACAGCCUGAUGCUGGCGUCUUUCAACGCGGUGCUGGAUCCCGUCGCUUAUUAUUUCACCACGGACACCUUCAGGGGGAAGGUAGACAUACGUGCCGUUCGGAGGAUGUUUCCUUUGAAUAGUUAAAGUUCGGAGGAUGAUGCCUCACAGAUAAACGUCUGCUGAAGAACCACUCAACAGACACGGACAUCCAUAGAAAAGAAGAGGAGUAGAAGGGACAUUGAUUCAAGAGUUUAAUUUAUCACGUACGCGCAGUGAAAUGCAAAGUGGCAGUGCUCACAGAAUUGUGCAAAGAACAACUAUACAAAUACAUCUAAAGGGACUGUUUGUAAGAAUCAGAAAUGCUUGUUAACAGCAACACCUGUGGCCAUUAAGUCAACUAAAGUCAGCGUCCUGUUGCUCGCGCUUGUGCUCGCUCUACAUAGACAUGAACGAGCAUCUCUCAAAACAGUAAGGCAACACACGUCAACUAAAACCACAAUAUCACUCUAUAUUUCAGCUGCUUGGCAGUAAUGUAAGCUGACCAGACGAAGGUCUCUCCAUGAAUCAAUGCUGAUCCUAGUGUUGGCUUUUCCUGCCUCAGCCU